CAGGAGCGAGGGCCAGCAGAGCUUAGAAAGACAACCCUCACAAUCUGUAGCCACUCCUGGCUUCACUGACUGCUGCCCCUGUACUAAACCACCCAGAAACUGAAUACCUCAAUAAAUAAAAAGGGAUCUCAUAAGAGGUGAGAUGAACCUUGAAGAGUAUUUUGCAAGAAUUGGCUAUAAAGGCUCCACUGAAAAACAAGAUUUGGAAACCUUAACCGAUAUAUUCCAGCACCACAUCCGUGCCGUUCCCUUUGAAAACCUCAGCAUCCACUGCGGGGAGAAAAUUACUUUGGAGUUGGAGCAGGUUUACAACAAGAUUGUGCGGAGGAAGAGGGGUGGCUGGUGCAUGGAGAACAACCAGCUGCUGAGCUGGGUGCUGAAGAGCCUGGGCUACGACACUAGCUUCCUGGGAGCCUACGUGUUCAACCCCCACCAGAACGCCUACGCCACCCUCAUGACCCACCUUGUGGUCAAGGUCGUCAUCGAUGGCAAAGCCUACGUGGUUGAUGGAGGUUUUGGGGUGUCCUACCAGAUGUGGCAGCCCAUGGAGCUUGUGUCAGGGAAAGACCAGCCCCAGGCUCCCGGCGUCUUCCGCUUCACGGAAAAGAACGGUGUUUGGUACCUGGAGAAAAUGAGACGGAAACAAUACAUCCCCAAUCAGAGCUUCUCCAACUCUGACCUGCUGGAGAAAAAAGAGUGUCGCAAAGUUUAUAUGUUCAGCCUUGAGCCACGGACAGUGGAAGAUUUCCGUUUCCAGUGCACUUACCUGCAGACCUCUCCCGAUUCCCUCUUCACAAAGAAGUCCAUCUGCGCCCUCCAGACCACCGACGGAUUCCGAGCGCUAAUCGGGUGGACGCUCACUGAGACCACGUACAACUACAAGGAAAACAUGGAUCUGGUGGAAUUUGUAACUCUUGAAGAUGAAGAGGUGGAAAAAACCCUCAAAGAGAAAUUCAACAUCACCCUAGAGAGAAAACUUGUCCCCAUUAAUGUUAAAGGAUCUUACACAAUCUAGAUGGCCAGGAAAACCUACAGUAAUGUUACGUGUGUCCAGCACCUUCCACUGUCUGUGCAAUCCCUACUGCAAGGUUAUGGGAUUCUUUUGCAGGUGACUGAAGGAUAUAUACAUUAAUAUGAGAUUAAUGUGAAUUUCACUUUGGGAAAAAUCAGGAAUUUAAGACUCUUGAGUCAGUUAGGUAAAAUUAUUUGCUGGGAGAUGACUGCUGUUCAAUUUUUGGCACAAAUGUAGGAUUUGAUUUGAAUCUGGUAUAAGCUUGGGUAAGAAAUAUGUCUGGGGAAUUUUGGACUGCCUGUAGCACAUGAGUAUGGAUUAUUAAUUGUGAUAUGCUGCCAACACAUUUUCUAAGGUUAUUAUAGGGAGACAAGUCAUCUGUGAGCAUUUAGACAAUGAAGUACACAUUUAAAACUUCAUUUCUCACAAGAUCCAACCACUCACAGCUCAUCUCAUUCUUCUACCUUUAAUAUGAGUAAAACAUUGCCAUCUUGGAAAAGAGCAUUAGAAGGUAUAAUUCUUUCACCAUCAUGUGUAGACAAACCAUAAUAGAAAAUGAAAAUCUUCAUCAUGUGCAUCCCUUUGGCCAUUACUGCAGUAAACUGCCCCAAGUAAUUUUUGGUAUGUAGCUAUUCUUCUGGUGAUGAAAAUUCUAUAUAUUGCAGUGUUAUUGUGGCUGAUGGGCUCUAAGGAGAUAACUACUAAGCUUUGUUUCUAAGAUGUAAUCAUCCUAUAAACUAUGACUAGUACUUAAAUGUCACAGCUGGCUUAGAUUUACUUUUGUCCCAAAAGGGGUGGAAAUUCUGUACUUUCAGGACUGCAUUACAUUUUUAUAUUAAGCUAAGCCCACUGUACCCUUAAUUUUGUUCUGCCAACAUGAGUGUCCAUAUGGCUGUCCUGAAUGAGUACCACUUAGCACAGAAGCUUUAAUGUCAUUAGUGUUUGUUCAUCUGUAUCAAAGUGAAAAAACAACCCAAGGAGACAGUCAAAUCUAAAGGAAACCUUUUCUUUUUUCACAAUCACGUUUCCCCAUUUUUCAGAAAAUAUUGUUCCUCCUACCAUGCUUCUCUGCAAAAAGCCCAACCUAGGAAACCACUAAGAAAGAGGAAACAUUCUUAAAUGCAUAAAAAAAUAGCAAAAACACUGAAAAACACUUUCUUCCCAGUCUGUAAUAAGCCUGAGUAUUGGUCAAAUGUUGAUUCCUCCCACUGAAUAGUCUUUUUGCUCAAAAACAUCAUCUGAUCAUUAAUCUCACAAAUGCUGUAAGUGUAAACCUCAAAAUAAAUAAAAGGAAAAUGAAGAUAUUAUGAGUUGUUUUAGGUACAGCUGCCCCAGCUUCACUGAUUCCUGCACCCACCAUCUGCCAAGUGAGGGCUGUUCACCCAUGGUGCUGAUCUGCUGGCCAAACCUUCCCACCUCAAACUUCUUAGGAUCACAGGAUCACUGAGGCUGGAAAAGCCCUUUAAGAUCACUGAGUUCAACAAUCAACCCAACACCAGAAUAAUGUUCACCAUUAAACUCUGUCCUCAAGUGCCAGUUCCAGGGAUGGCGACUCCUCCACUGCCCUGAUGGGAUUCUCAUGUACCCAGCUC